CAUGCGGUUUGAUAGAUGUGGCAACGCUGGCUGCAGGCGAAUUAAAAUAAAAAUAAAGAUGUUAUUCGUAAGGCGGUUUUAUAGCAAAUCUGAACGAAUAGCGCACAUAUUUAAUUCCCAUAAGCCAGGCGACUCUUUAAGCAUAAAGGGCUGGAUCAAAAAUGUUCGCCGGCUCAAGAAUAACACAUUUCUGGACAUAAAUGAUGGAUCUACAAGUAACAGGUUCCAGGUGGUGGUGCCCCGAACUCCGGAAAAUCAGCAUUUAGGUCCUGGCAGUGUUAUUUCGGCGGUGGGCCAAAUCCAAGUCGCUCCAAAUGGCAGCUUUGAGUUGCAUGCGGAUCAGGUGGAAAUGUUGGCUGAAGGGCACCUUCAAGAGGGCUAUCCCUUUAGUCCAAAACAGAAACACCCACCAGAAUAUGUCCGCGAGUAUCUGCAUCUCCGAUCCCGCGUUGAUUAUAUUGCUGCCCAGAUGAGGGUCAGGCACAAGGCACAGAAAGCUAUUCAUGACUACAUGGAUGAGCUAGACUUCGUACAAAUCAAUACUCCCCUGUUAACAACAAACGAUUGCGAGGGAGCUGGAGAAGUUUUCCGAACUCAACCGGACUCUGAAGCUCUACUGAAGCAAAUGGUCAGGCCGAAUGUUCCCAUGGAACAAAGUUACUUUGAUAGCAAGGUUUUCCUUAGUGUGUCUGGGCAGCUGCACCUGGAGGCCAUGACAUACGGUCUUGGUAAUACAUAUACCCUCUCCCCAGCCUUCCGAGCCGAGAACUCCAAGUCUCCAUUGCAUUUAUCAGAGUUCUAUAUGUUUGAAGCGGAGUUGGCCCAAUUGGAAGAGUUGGAUAAGUUGGCGAGGUUUAUUGAAGAGAUGAUCAAGUCCGUGACAACUCGCUUACUGGAAACGAGCUCCGAAGACCUUAAUUUUUGCCAGAAAAAUUCGAACUCAAGUUGUGAUCUGCCUUGGUUGCAAGUUCCUUGGACGAUAAUGAGCUACGAUGAAGCGCUACAGGUGCUUCAAGAGAAUAAGGAUAGCCUGAAGACUCCCAUAAGCCUGAAUGAAGGCUUUUCUAAGGACCAGGAACUAUUUUUAGUUGCCCACUGCGAUGCUCCCGUAUUCGUUGUAGAUUGGCCAGCUCAGCAAAAACCUUUCUAUAUGAAAGUCUCACGUACUAAUCCCAAUCGAGUCCAUGCCCUGGACCUCCUGAUGCCAGCUGUUGGCGAAUUAUGUGGUGGAAGCCUGCGUGAAUGUGAUCCAGAAGUAUUAAAAUCACAUCCGCAAAUGCCAAAGGAUCUGUCUUGGUACGUUGACCUGCGAAAGUACGGAGGAAUUCCCACUGGAGGAUUUGGCAUGGGAUUUGAGCGAUACUUGCAGCUAAUCACGGGCGUUAAAAACAUCCGAGACGUUAUACCCUUUCCCAGGUAUCCGCACAGCUGCAAGAUGUGAUUCGUUAAAGAUUUAGAAUAUUUGGAGCUAUUAUUGUUAAAAUUGUAAUAAACAAAUAUUACUUUAAA